AUGAAGAGGAACAUGUACGGCCUGUUCAGAAGACUGAUUCCCAAAGACGAUAAGAAGGCAGACAAGGAGGUCAGUUAAUCAAGUGUACCACGUAUCGGUUUGAUUGUUUUGAACAAAAACACAAGUGUUUUACCAGAGUAGUUUGCUUUCAUUGUGUUUGAAAUGUAUAAGAGCACCAACAAAUAAGAAGGGAGAAAAGUAAAUUUACAUUUCCUGACCUGAAUGGCAAAGCUCCUUUUGGUUAUUUAUAUUCAAAAUAGUCUUGGGAAAGACCCCAGCAUAACAGAGGGUCAGUAGAGAAAAUAGUCAGUGCAUUGACGAUGUCCUCAAAGUAAAGUCAACACCAAUCAAACAAGGAAAAUGACCCCCGGACGUCUCGAAACCACGACAAAUCAAAUCAGAAAAAUAACAAAGACAACGUAGACCAUUUUCUUCCAGAGAGUCCUCAAAACUGUCGACGAUGCCGAGGUGUGCGUGGUCGACGUGGAAACACUCCGAUGUGCAGUGUGCCUGAACAUCUUCCAAGAAGUGCCCCGAACGCUCACUUGCGGUCACUCAUUCUGCCCCCGAUGCAUCGAGGAAGUGGCGCACUCGGAAGUAAUGAGCGAACCACGGGAACCGAACCGAAAUGUAAGUUGCACCGAACACUCACUUCAGCCCGAUUAUUUGUAUGUAAUUUGGAAUAAGUUCAAUGAAAAUGAGUAACACGAGUGCAAAGAGCGCAUGUUCCGUCGGGGAAUAGUUCAGUUCAGUGUUCGUGAUAGUCCACACAUCUAGGUUCUCAAAAGUCACUUCUCAUUCGGUUUUCCUUUUUCCUCGCCUGUUGAGAAUUCGGUCUCACAAUUGUAAUUUGAAACAGGAACAGUUGGUUCGAAGACUAGUAUCUCGAGAACAUUUCGGAACAAAGUUUCUGUGGAAUAUUUAUUCGCAGAAAACAGUAUGCGCAUGAAAUGUUAUUUUCUCCAAACAAGGUUUCAGUUUCAGGCGUUCCACUGCCCAAUGUGCCGCAAACGAGUGCACAUGAACAAAAUUGUGCAGAAUUUCACGUUGAAGACUAUUCUAGACAGUCUUAAUGAGCUGUCGAAAGAGGAAGAAAAGUCUCGCAAAGCGUACGAUAAUACACUCAAUGCAUCGGUAAGUGCAGCCACGAAAAUCCAGUUACCAGAAAAUAUUACUUGUCUAGGAACCAAUCAAAGUGCUAUUCCCUGCAUUAUCAGUCAAUUUCAGAAUGAGCAACUCCGUCUGAAAUGCAGCGAACUUGAACGAGCAAAUGACGGGCUCAAACGGACGAUCGACGAAAUGCGCCGCAAGGAAUACUACAAUUACGUCGCCAUUUCCUUCUUCAUCAUUGUCUACAUCAUUUUGUCGACCAUGUUCGGAAAUUAA